GCCGGCUCCACAUUGAGGAAGGGCGAGCAGAGGGACCAUUGAAAGAUGGAAGCGGCGGCUAGAGAAGAGCUAGACAUGGAAGUAAUGAAGCCUUUAAUUGGAGAACAGGAUUCGGACAGCAUCUCUGAUGAUGAGCACGAAAAUGAAUUGUUACCAGUUGAGAAGCAUUACCAACUUGAUAAUCAAGAGGGCAUUACGUUUGUGCAAACACUUACUCAUCUCCUCAAAGGAAACAUUGGAACUGGGCUUCUAGGGCUUCCACUUGCGAUAAAAAAUGCAGGCAUUGUGCUUGGACCAAUCAGCCUUGUGCUUAUAGGAGUUGUAUCUGUUCAUUGUAUGCACAUCUUGGUACGAUGCAGCCACCAUCUGUGUCAGAGGUUGAAAAAGACCUCAUUAGGGUAUAGUGACACAGUUAGUUACGCCAUGGAAGUAGGGCCCCUAAACAGCCUUCAGAAAAGAGCUUCCUGGGGAAGGUGUGUCGUUGACUUUUUUCUUGUGAUUACACAACUGGGAUUUUGCAGUGUUUAUGUUGUAUUCUUAGCAGAAAAUGUGAAACAAGUCCAUGAAGGAUUUUUGGAGAACAGGAUUGUACCCAUGAAUGACACUAGUACCAGUGGUCCCUCUGAGAAAAAGAGUGUUGAUUUGCGAAUAUACAUGCUGUGUUUUGUGCCAUUUAUUAUCCUUCUGGUCUUCAUUCGUGACCUUAAGAGCCUGUCUAUGCUUUCGUUCCUUGCCAAUAUUUCCAUGGCUGUCAGCCUGGUAAUUAUUUACCAGUACAUCGUUCGAGAUAUAUCUGAUCCUCGAAAACUUUCCCCUGUGGCUGGUUGGAAGAAAUAUCCACUUUUUUUUGGUACUGCCAUAUUUGCUUUUGAAGGCAUCGGUGUGGUGCUCCCCCUGGAAAAUAGAAUGAAAGAAACCCAACGUUUCACACAGGCACUGAACAUUGGCAUGGGAAUUGUUAUGACCUUGUAUAUCACUCUAGCCACUCUAGGAUACCUGCGUUUUGGGGAUGAAAUCAAAGGCAGCAUCACUUUAAAUCUGCCACAAGAAGUAUGGUUGUAUCAAUCCGUGAAAAUUCUGUAUUCCUUUGGGAUUUUUGUGACCUAUUCAAUUCAGUACUACGUCCCAGCAGAGAUCAUCAUUCCAGCAAUUACCUCAAAAGUGCAGCAAAAAUGGAAGCUGUUCUGUGAAUUUAUGGUCAGGACACUCUUGGUCUGCUCAACCUGUGCUGUAGCAGUCUUGAUCCCUCACCUAGACCUGGUGAUUUCCUUUGUUGGUGCCGUAAGCAGCAGCACUUUGGCAUUGAUCCUGCCACCUUUGGUUGAAGUCCUCACAUUUUACAAGGAAAACUUAAGUGUGUGGAUAAUACUUAAAGACAUCUUUAUAGCUGUCAUUGGAGUCGUUGGCUUUUUAACAGGGACAUAUGUGACAGUUGAAGAGAUCAUUUAUCCUGCUGCGACAGUCUUCGUUAACACUACAGAGAGCCCCUUUGAAGAUUUGAACACUACGCACUUGGUGACUGGUUUCAAUUAAUGGUGAGAGAACCAAGAAUCAUUUUGUUCCUAGGUGUGGGUUCUGAUUAGGAGAAAAAGAUCAUGAUAGAGCCUGUAGUUGGAAGUAUGGGCCAUAUUCAAAUGAACUGAAACAUUAAUUUCUGAACAAUAACACACCUCUUUCCUCCUCUUCCUCAUUUGCCCAUUGUGUAAAUCCUUCAGACCAGAUCUUUGUGUUAAGAGUCUCAAGCCUCCUCUGCUCUAUCUAGAGAAGGAAAGGACUGGUUUAGGUGUUGGGGGUGGGAAAUAUUUAGAUAUGAAUUGCACGUGCAACCAAAUAUAAUUAAUCAGAAAAUCAAAAUGCCUACUCAAAAGGGUGAAAUCCACCCCACACAUCCCAGCACCAACGUGAUGCCUGUGCACCACUUACAUCUCAUUAAAGCCCUGUUUUAAGGGGCUGGGGUGGGACUUAAGUAGUGUGUAGAUUUUCUGCUGGCUCUCAGUGAAGGGGUGAAUUUCUCCCCAGUGGAUAAUAGUUACUAUAUAUAUAGCUUGGAUUGUUAGUAAUGUUUCCAGGGACCUGUAGACUUACUUCCUGGAAGUGUUUCCUUUCAACAACUAUAAGUGCUUCGCUCUGAUUACUGGGCGUUAGUAUGUCUUAAAUCAAUGUGGUUUUGAAAAAUUACUAUGACUGUUCUUGCAGUCUAUUCACACUGGCAUCAAUGGAGUUCUGAAGACCUAAAGCCUUCAGGAGCAAGGUCUUAGUGCUUAACACAUGUACUGUAGACCACCAGUGUCAAUCAGUUUAUGUGCCAUUAGGCACGAGGUCACUUUUUCAUGCAAUCCAGAUCAAUAACAAGCAUUUUAGUUGAAGUAUGUAAAAGAUACCAAGCUCUUUCAGGAAAAUCCUCCAUCCCUAUCCUGCAAGCUGCUCUGUAUGGGUAAACCUAUGCUCCUGGGAAGACCCCAGUGAGCUCACUGGGGCUUCAUGCAGGCACGGGGGCCUGACUAUGUGGAACAGCUUGCAGGUUUUGACAGGGUAUGCUGCUUCCAGUCAUAGAACAAGUAAUUUUUAAAACCUGGUGGUUUAUGCCCUUUGGGCUUUGUAUGUGGUGCAGGGCCGGCUCCAGGCACCAGCUAAGGAAGCAGGUGCUUGGGGCAGCCAAUACAAAGGGGCGGCAGUCCGUCCGCUAUUGGGGCGGCAAGUCCAGGUCUUCGACGGAAAUUUGGUGGCGGGUCCCUCAGUCCCUCUCUUCCUCUUUGAGCUGCUGCCAAAGUGCUGCCGAAGAGGAAGAGAGGGAGUGAAGGACCCGCCGCCAAACUGCUGCCGAAGAAUGGAGCGGCGCGAUAAAGCUGCCGCCAAAGUGCCACCGAUUGCCUUUUUUUUUUUUCGCUGCUUGGGACGGCAGAAAACCUGGAGCCGGCCCUGAUGUGGUGUCACAGAAUGUCAUCUUGUAUCAGAAAAAAUGUACUCUUUAAUGAUGCAGAAGUAGAUAACAAGACAGCAUCCAAGUUUACAAAUGACGAUGUAAGUAGUUUAUUUUGAUAUAUUUUUGGUAACUGGUGUCCUAAACCCUGGGCCUUAAAAAAAACAAAACAAAACAAAACAAAACACCUUUGUGAAUCUAUCCAUAACUGCAACUGUACAAAUACAUGAAAUGCUGUAUUUUUCUACCUAUUCCUAAAAGAUUAGAGUGGCUGUCUAUAUUUGUAUUAUAGCUACAUGUACAAUAGAGUAAUUAUUUUUGCAGUAUGUUCUGCCUUCAGUAGUAUUUAACAUGCACAUUACUGUAUUUUGGUUCUCCCCCAAUCCCAUUUCUGGAAAAUAAAAAGAGUAUCUGGGAAAGCUGGUAACUGUGGGGGGAAAUCAUCCUUUUGCUCCAGGCCAGUGCACCAUUUAAUCCUUCAUAAUAAAAAGCUCUAUUUUGAGGGCUUGUGUUGGGCUUUCUGGCCCCCCUCUACUGAAUUUCACCCUGAAUGCCGAAACCAAAUUGUUGUUAUUUUAAUUGAAAAAAACUCUAGAUUUUUUAAAAAGGAGUUUAUCAAAUGUCGUCUUAUAAAAAUGCUUUUCUAAAGAAUAUAUUUAAUUAUAACAUUUCUUGAGGAAAUAAAACCUCUCCCCUAACGUCCAUGCACAUUUAAGACAGAGCAAUAGCUAAUAUUUUUCUUGCCUUCAGAAUAUUUCCCCAGUCACCUACCAUAUGGCAUCAGCAUUAUAGUCCUUUCAUCUCCAUUUUAUGAGUGUUUCCAAUAGGGAUUCAGCAUAGUAGCAUAUGGUGUGAACUGCGUGUAGUUUUUUAAACAAUUGUUCUAAGCAGUGCUCUCAUUUUCAUUUCAGCAUGGACAAAAUUAAACAAAUGCUUGGCAGGCACUUUAAAGGAAUGCAGAUGUAAUGCUGUGUUACUAAUGUAUCCAGCACCUGUAAUAUUAAGGUGCCACCAAGGACCAUACGAGGACAGUGACUGGACAGGCAAAAAGUAACUUUAGCUUUUCAGAGUCGAGUAUUUAAGCCUUUAAGCUAUUUCUAAAGGAGAUAUUGCAGCCAAGUUUUUCAGUGUAUGUUUGGGGACAAAACCGGUUUACAAAAAAGGUACACGAGACAGUAGCAUCAAAACACAAUUUUUUAUUUAUUUAUUUUUUGCUGUGAAAUUUAUUUUAAUUGAUCCUGAACAUUUUCUACAUAUAUUUUUAAUAGGACUGGUAAACAUAACUUAGAUUUUUUUUCUCUCUCCUAUUGUUUUGGCAGCUCUUUCUGUUUGCGUGUGUGUUUGGAAGAUGCAUAAUUGCCAAAUUGCUUUCAUAUCAUCUGUUCUCAGUCUGCCGCUUGAUAGCAAAGGCCUCUGAGGUUGUGCUUCUGCCAACAUGCUGAAGGAUUUGGACCAGAAAUAUUUGGCCAGUGCAGAGCAUGGUGAUAAUCUUUGGCCAGUAUAGGUUGAUGUGCACCUAACGCUGUUUACAAAGCCAAAGCUAACAAAGGGGCAUGCCUAAAGAGAGGCUCCCGCAUCCUUAUUUACGUCCCUAAAGAUGUGACCCGAUUUUGUAAAGCACCCAGGAGUACUCCCUAACGUGAAUGCAGGUCAGACUUUUUGAAAACCAAACCACUUACUUAGGUGCCUAAUUAAGGACUUAAAAGCUUAGCUUUAGGCCCCCAGCUUUGGAAAUCUUGAUCCAAGAGUGAACACAUACAGAUCUCACCACAAAGCCUGCCCAUGGCACAUCCCAUCAUACCUAAUGGUGUCAUUCAGCAGUUUCUCACUCAGACUCCUUGCCACUGGACCCCUGAGUAUGAAAUAGCUUUUUUUAGUCUCUGGGUCAGUAUUGCUGUCUAAUGGGUGGCAUUUCAUUUAAAUUAAUGUGUCACUUAAGAGAUUUUUAAAUCUUUAUUAAUAUAUUUAAAGGCUUUCCACUAUACCAUUUUUAUUUUUCACCUACGGUGUAGGAUCUUUAUUACUUCAGCACUCACAUAUUAGGUUUGUUUGGCCUGCUCAAUCAUUUUUUUAAAAAAGUCUAUGGUCUCAGGAUAUUUUGUGUUGAAGAGGACAGAAGUGUCACAAAUAAAACUUCUGAGAGAUCAUCAAGUCCAAAUAUGACCGAAUCAUAGAAUAGAAUCAAAGACUGGAAAGGCCUCGGGAGGUUAUCUAGUCCAGUCCCCUGCACUCAAGGCAGGACUAAGUUUUAUCUAGACCAUUCCUGACAGAUGUUUGUCUAACCUGUUCUUAAAAAUCUCCAAUGAUGGAGAUUCCACAACCUCCCUAGGCAAUUUAUUCCAGUGCUUAACCACUCUGACAGUUAGUAAGUUUUUCCUAAUGUCCACCCUAAACCGCCCUUGCUGCAGUUUAAGCCCAUUGCUUCUUGUCCUAUCCUCAGAGGUUAAGAAACGAUUUUUGUCCCUCCUCCUUGUAACAACCUUUUACGUACUUGAAAACUGUUAUCAUGUCCCCUCUCAGUCUUCUCUUUUCCAGACUAAACAAACCCAAUUUUUUCAAUCUUCCCACAUAGGUCUAGACAUUUAAUCAUUUUUGUCGAUCUUCUCUGGACUCUCUCCAAUUUGUCCACAUCCUUCCUAAAAUGUAGCUCCCAGAACUAGACACGGUUCUCCAGUUGUGCCUAAUUAGUGCAGAGUAGAGCAGAAGAAUUACUUCUCGUGUCCUGCUAACAACACUCCUGCUUUUUUGCUUUUUUUGCAAUAGUGUUACACUGUUGACUCAUAUUUAGCUUGUGGUCCACUAUGACCCCCAGAUUCCUUUCUGCAGCACUCCUUCCUAGGCAGUCAUUUACCAUUUUGUAUGUGUGCAACUGAUUGUUCCUUCCUAAAUGGAGUACUUUGCAUUUGUCCUUAUUGAAUUUCAUCCUGUUUAUUUCUGACCAUUUCUCCAGUUUGUCCAGAUCAUUUUGAAUUUUAAUCCUAUCCUCCAAAGCACUUGCAACCCCUCCCAGCUUGGUCUCGUCCGCAGACCUUAUAAGUCUACUCUCUGUGCCAUUACCAAAAUCAUUGAUGAAGAUAUUGGACAGAACCGGACCCAGAACUGAUCCCUGUGGGACCCCACUUGUUAUGUCCUUCCAGCAUGACUGUGAACCACUGAUAACUAUUCUCUGAGAAUGGUUUUCCAACCAGCUUUUCACCCACCUUAUAGUAGCUCCAUCUAGGUUGCAUUUCCCUAGUUUGUUUAUGAGAAGGUCAUGCGAGACAGUAUCAGAAGGUUUACUAAAGUCAAGAUAUAUCACGUCUACCAUUUCUCGCCUAUCCACAAGGCUUGUUACACUGUCAAAGAAAGCUAUUGGGUUGGUUUGACAUGCUUUGUUCUUGACAAAUCCAUGGUGACUGUUACUUAUCACAUUAUUAUCUUCUAGAUGUUUGCAAAUUGAUUGCUUAAUUAUUUGCUCCAUUAUCUUUAUGGUACAGAAGUUAAGCUGAGUGGUCUGUAAAUCCCUGUCUUGUCCUUAUUUCCCUUUUUAUAGAUGGACACUAUAUUUGCCCUUUUCCAGUCUUCUAGAAUCUCUCCCGUCUCCCAUGACUUCUCAAUAGCUCAGGUAUCUCCUCAGUUAGCAACUUGAAUAUUCUAGGAUGCAUUUCAUCAGGCCCUGCUGACUUGAAGACAUCUAAUUUGUCUAAGUAAUAUUUAACUUGUUCUUUCCCUAUUUUAGCCUCUUCUGAUCCUACCUCGUUUUCAGUGGUAUUCACUAUGUUAGACAUCCAAUCACCACCAACCUUCUUGGUGAAAACUGAAACAAAAAAGUCAUUAAGCACCUCUGCCAUUUCCACAUUUUCUGUUAUUAUUUUCCCCCCUCAUUGAGUAAUGGGCCUAUCCUGUCCUUGGUCUUCCUCUUGCUUCUAAUGUAUUUGUAGAAUGUUUUCUUGUUACCUUUUUCUUGUUACCUAGCUAGUUUGAUCUCGUUUUGUGCCUUGGCCUUUCUAAUUUUGUCCCUACAUACUUGUGGUAUUUGUUUAUAUUCAACCUUUGUGAUUUUACCUAGUUUCCACCCUUUGUAGGACUCUUUUUUUGAGUUUCAAAUCAUUGAAGGUCUCCUGGUUAAGCUGAGGUGGUCUCUUGCCAUACUUUCCUACGCAGUGGGAUAGUUUUCUCUUAUGCCCUUAAUAAUGUCUCUGAAAAACUGCCAACUAUCUUCAAUUGUUUUUCCCCUUAGACUAGCUUCCCAUGGGAUCUUACCGACCAACUCUCUGAGUUUGCUAAAGUCUGCCUUCUUGAAAUCCAUUGUCUUUAUUUUGCUGUUCGCCCUCCUACCUCUCCUUGGAAUCAUGAACUCUUAUCAUUUCAUGAUCAUUUUCACCCAAGCUGCCUUCCACUUUCAAAAUCUCAACCAGUUCCUCCCUAUUUGUCAAAAUCAAAUCUAGAACAGCCUUUCCCUUAGUAGCUUUCUUCACCUUCUGAAAUAAAAAAUUGUCUUCAAUACAUUCCAAGAACUUAUUGGAUAAUCUGUAUCCUGCUGUGUUAUUUCCCCAACAGAUGUCUGAGUGGCUGAAGUCCCUCAUCACCACUAAGUCCUGUGCUUUGGAUGAUGUUAGUUGUUUAAAAAAAGCCUCAUCUACUUAUUCUUCCUGGUUAGGUGGUCUGUAGCAGACCCCUACCAUUACAUCACCCUUGUUUUUUUUACCCCUUUUAGCCUUACCCAGAGACUUUCAACAAGCCUGUCUCCUAUUUCCAUCUCAACCUCAAUCCAAGUAUAUACAUUUUUAAUACAUAAGGCAACACCUCCUCCCUUUUUUAAUCAUAGAAUAUUAGGGUUGGAAGAGACGUCAGGAGCUCAUCUAGUCCAAUCUCCUGCUCAAAGCAGGACCAACACCAACUAAAUCAUCCCAGCCAGGGCUUUGUCAAGCUGGGCCUUAAAAACCUCUAAGGAAGGAGAUUCCACCACCUCCCUAGGUAACGCAUUCCAGUGCUUCACUACCCUCCUAGUGAAAUAGUGUUUCCUAAUAUCCAAACUAGACCUCCCCACUGCAACUUGAGACCAUUGCUCCUUGUUCUGUCAUCUGCCACCACUGAGAACAGCCGAGCUCCAUCCUCUUUGGAACCUAACUGCAUCCUCUUUUUUUUUUUUCCCUGCCUGUCCUUCCUGAGCAAGCUGUACCCUCUGUACCAAUAUUCCAGUCAUGCGUAUUUUCCCACCAAGUCUCCAUGAUGCCAACUAUGUCAUAGUUAUGUUUAUUUACUAGCAUUUUGAGUUCUUCCUGCUUAUUCCCCAUACUUCUUGCAUUAGUAUACAGACAUCUGAGAUAUUGAUUUGAUUUCCCUCCCCCCCCCCGCAGUUCUGUCUUGUCUCUCCUUUAUCCCUGUUAUAACAGCCCAUGCUCCCCCCAAAUUCUGAAUCUUCUCCCAGGUCUCCAUGUUCUUGACUUACCUCUGGGCUUUGGUCACCUGCCCCAUUCAAACCUAGUUUAAAGCCCUGUGCACUAGGUUAGCCAGUCUGUAUCCAAAUAUGCUCUUCCCCUUCCUUGAGAGGUGGACCCCAUCUCUGCUUAUGUUCCAAGGAAACAUUGCCAAAGAUUUUAAAUGAUAGGAAAUCUGACAAACUCUUAUUUUAAAUAAUAAGAUGGUUAUUUCUGUUUUAAAGUACUGCAAAGAGUGUAACCAGUUAAGAUGCAAGUAGACAAACUCCAGACUAAAGUGGAGAUAGUUUGCUUUAAUAUGAAUUUAAGAUGGGCAUAGAAGUACUUUAUCAUCAACUAAUUUAAAUUGAAAAAUGUAUGUCAUUGGAAUUAUUUUCUUUCUAAUAAGGAGUAGAAAAUUAUGUUUAUGUACUGUAUGUGCACUUAUAUUUAACAGGAUUGUAUUGUAUUAACCAUUUUAAUGUAACUUAAUCAUUGGCUGCACUAAAAAUAACUGGACCAUUUUCUUGUCUGUAAAUGUUCUAUCCUCAGACAUUGGGCAAGAAAGAGGGUGACUUUGUCUGGUGUUCUGUAACUGACAUUUUCUGUAUCUAAAUAAAGAUUGCAAAACA